ACCACCACCACCACCUCCUUCAGUACCACCAUCAGAGCCACCACCAUUACCAGCACUAAAGCCACCUUGGUACACUGAAUAGUAUUGCUCUUGAAGUUCACAAAGGACUGAUGAUUGUUAUAUUUCUUAGAAAUUAGUAUUUACUUAACAGGUUUGAAUAUUGUCUCAUGAUACAGAUCAUUUACAUGUAUUUUUAUUCUUAUUAGGAAAAGGGAUUUAGAGCUAGCAAUUGAGAAUUUGUGAUUGAACUAUAGUUAAUCACAGAAGCACAGAACCAAGAAAAUGUUGUACAGAGCAGUUCAAAGAUUUCAUUCCUACUCUAUGAAAAUUAGACUUUUUUUGUUUUGUUUUCAUUCUCUCAAAAACAGGCUUGAUUCAGCGGCUGACUUGAUGUCCCUGCAUAUUGGUGACAGGAUCUUAGAGGUGAAUGGAAGGCCUGUACAGGACUAUUGUAUUGAGGAUAUAGAAAAUCUCAUUGCAAGCUCUCAAGAUGUGCUGCAACUGACCAUAGAACAUGAUCCAGAGGAAGUGGCAUCACGACGCCAAAGUUUUCCCUUUUUGUCAACAAACCGACCUGCGCUGAGCACUUGUGAUCAGGCAGAGAAGGAGGGGUUGCGGGAGAGAUUAUGCAAGAGAAGAGAUGAAGGAUACGUUUCUGGCACACAGAGAAGUCGUCAACUAAGGCGAGGCAGAGGGUGCAAGGAACGAGCCUCGUCACUUCCAAAGUUGUUAGAUAAUGACUGUCCUCGGGAAAGUGGUUACUAUGACCUCAGCAGGACAAAGUCAUUCCGUGUUGAGCCAAAGAAUCAUCGUAUCUUCCGUGCAUCUGAUCUCACUCAGGGAGAACUUCUUGGUAAAGGUUUUUUUGGACAGGUAUACAAAAUGACUCAUUCAGAGACUGGAGAAGUAAUGGUUUUGAAAGAGCUGUACAGAGUAGAUGAGCAAGCACAGACAAAUUUUCUUAAAGAGGUUGCAGUUUUAAGAAGUCUAAGUCACAAAAAUGUCCUGCGAUUCAUUGGAGUCUUAUACAAGGACCGCAAACUACAUUUACUUACAGAAUACAUCUCAGGUGGGACUCUCAAAGAGAUCAUCCAUGCUCUUGAUGAGCCUCUACCCUGGGACCAGCGAAUCAGCUUCGCCAAAGAUAUAGCCUCAGGCAUGGCGUACCUGCAUAAUUGUGAUAUUAUACAUAGGGACCUCAACUCCCACAACUGCCUAGUCAGAGAGGAUAAGACAGUUGUAGUAGCUGACUUUGGUUUAGCUCGUAUUAUGCCUCAAAACAACUGGACUGCUGAGAGAAAGAAGUUUGGUAAAAGACAUGCAAGAAAAAAGAGAUAUACUGUUGUUGGUAACCCAUACUGGAUGGCACCAGAAAUGAUGAAAGGGAACAAAUACGAUGAAAAAGUAGACAUCUUCAGCUUUGGAAUUAUCUUGUGUGAGAUUAUCGGUCGAGUGGAAGCAGACCCCGACUACAUGCCACGGUCUAUGGACUUUGGCCUAAAUGAGUCGGUCUUCAAAGCUAAAUAUUGCGAGGAAUGUCCAGAGCCUUUUUACAAGAUAGCCUUCUUGUGUUGCAAUGUUAAUCCUGAUGCAAGACCUGCUUUUGAAGUUUUAGAAGUUUGGUUAGAAGGAUUAGCGAUGCAUUACACAGUGGGAGCUCCGUUACCUUCUAACCUCCUUGGUGACAUUUAUAACUUCAAUGGGAGGAGCUCCAGUUCUUCAGAAGCAUCCACACCCGAGGCCUUAGCUCCUGACUCUCGGCAUCCACCUCCCCUCCUGCGCACUAUUAGUGAAGGGACCUACACAACCACUGACAGUUUGAGUCUUGGCUCCUCAUCCUCCUUCACCCUGCAUGACAACCGGAGCUUCGAGUCUCCUGCAGGGUGGAGUCUUAAUGACAGUAUAGAUCUGGAGGACUUGGACACCUUCAACAAAAGCUGGGAGUGCAGCAACGACAACAUCAGCUCUCUCGAAAAGGCGGUCAAGCUCUCCACGGUGAAAGAUACUGACCAAAGUGCGAAUCCAAACACAGUGAUAGCGGAGGAGCCAAAAGCUCUCCCUCCCUCCUUCUCGAAGUCUCAGGCCAGCAGCUCAAUGGGUGAUAUGGAAUGUACACAACUAUGAGAAUUUUGCUGUUAGAAUUUAGAAAAUUGAUUUGCCAUGAUGCAAUACAUGCAGCAUGAACUUGUUGCAUGAAAAGAAAAAAACUUGGUAAUUUUACUCAAUUAAAUUGCAUUGUUAAGUAUUAGAUACAAAACUUUGGUACAAAGUUGACUUAUAGCAUUCCUUUUAUAGUGAUGUUAGAGAUUUCUUUAAUUAUAAUGUAGAGGUAUAUUUCCUUUUAAAGGUGAUGCGUUUUUCCCAUCUGUAUUCUAAUGCCUUUGAUCAGUAUCAGAGAUUACCGGAUCAGUUAUUCCCUAACAGUAUGAUUCAAAGGGAGAGCAGUUAUUUCUCUCACAGAUAGUAGAAGUAAGCUCAAAUGUGAUUUCAAACUUUUAUUUCUAAUUUAUUUUGUAGUUUUUUGUCCUCUCGAGAAUUAAGGAAUAAUA